CACACACGGGGGCACGUGUGGAUUACGUCUGUUUGAAGAUGAUAAUUGGAAUUGAGCCGUUGGCUCUUACGCACACGAGAAGCCCGCCUCACUCUGACGAUGAGGAGGAGGAGGAGGAGGAGGAUGCACAGAUGAAGGCUCCAGCAGGAGAUAAAUUUGGGUGGAGAGCAAGAGGAGAUUCAGACACCACCUGGAAGCUUCUUCACCAGUUCAGGACGAGUGAGUGGCGCAUAAGGAUCCACACUGAGAGAGAAGUCAACAACAACAACAACAACAACACAACAGGUCAGAGAGAUACAAGUCCCUCAGAGCUACUCCAGAGGUUCUACAUCACACAACAGGAACCCCAGCACCAGCAGAGAACAGGACCUCCAGGAGGAACCUCAAAGUAGGAACAUAGCCCCAGUGAUGGUGUGUGUGUGCAGGCUGAUCCUGCUAGCGGCCGUGGUUCUGCUGCUGGGAGUGGAGCUGUCUCGGGCUCAGCACUGGUCCCACGGGUGGUACCCGGGCGGGAAAAGAGAUGUGGACACCUUCAACUCAGCCCAGAUCUCGGAGGAGAUUAAGUUAUGUGAGGCUGGAGAGUGCAGCUACCUGAGACCACAGAGAAGAAACAUCCUCAAGAGCUUCCUGUUGGAUGCUUUGGCAAGAGAAUUCCAGAGGAGGAAGUGACAUCACUGAUGGCUUUGUUCCUGGAGAGGAUUGGCGUGAAGGCUGUGUGUGUCUGUCCUGUCGGCUCUCUGUUUGCGCUCAGGAGUUCUGCACAUUUGACCCAUUGUUGAAAUCUUGUUUGAUAAAAAAAAAAGUAAUGCCUCAAGCAAAAAAGACGAGAUGUCUCUUCUAACAGAAGUUAUUUUUACAACACUGUCUUUUAAUGUGCACACAAUUUAACCCUCUUCAGUGAAAAAGGAUGCAGCCAACAAAAAACACUGCAUUUCAAACAUAUAUUUCUUGUCAUUUCCUUUCUCCAUUAUUAAACCACUGUGUAUUAU